AUGAAGCUCGCCGCUGCCUUCCUGGGUCUCUGUGUGGCCCUGUUAAGCAACACGGCUGCCGCUUUCCUUGUGGACACGGUGUUCAAGCCUGUAGACAAACCUGUAGCUGCCAUUGCCCCUGCUGCCGAAGCUGUGGUCGACGCCGUGGCCAGCCCCCUUCUGAGACCCUUCAACCCGCUAAAGUUAAUGCUGGCCAGCAUGGGGGUCCCUGUGGAUCGUCUCCUAGAGGGGUCCACGAGGUGUUUGGCUGAGUUAGGCCCCGAGACUGUGGGCGUCCUGAAGACUUUGAUGGGAGCCCUGACAUACUUCGGGUGA